AUGAUUCCAUUAAAAGACAACCAGGAUGUGGCAUCAUUCCUUGUCACCAAGCACUCAUGGAGGGGGAAGUACAAGCGAGUCUUCUCCAUCGGCACUCACGGUAUCACCACAUACAACCCCGACUGUUUGGAGGUGACCAACAAAUGGCUGUAUGCGGAUGUAGUCACUAUUGCAUCUGCAAAACAUUCAAAUUCGACCGCCAACCAUGACUUCACACUUGUCAUGAAAAAAGAAAAGAAAGUAGAUUCAAUGAAGUUUUCUUCGGAACACAAAUGUUUGAUUCUCACUGAGGCUUUUAAAUACAGACAUGCAUUCGCUGAAAAACCUAAGGACAUUUAUAGAUACCAAGCAUACAAACACCAUUGGAGCGGGACUCGCCUGCCAGUAGUACUAGAAGUUGGUCCCUGUGCACUGGAACAGCUGGACCCUUCCACACACACAUUACUCGCCAGCUACCCGUACUGUGAUGUGCAAGGAAUACUACCAGUUCGAGACGUGCCAGGCGGCUUCGUCCUCGCCGUUGGAGGCUACAGCAGACUCCAUCUCUUCUCCAACGCCAUGGACCAUCAGAUCAUCAUUAACAAAAUGCUGGAGAUGGCAAGCCUGACUCUAAGCAUCAGCAUCAAAGUGUUGUCCACAAUGAUCACAUUAGACGAUUAUCAUGACCAGAGAUUUGGAAAGUACAGUGGUGACCAACAUCAGACCUCUCUAAGCGAAUUUAUAGUCCACAAAGUGAACCCGGCUCGUCACAUGGAGCCGAUGCGACGGACACUCUGCCUCUCUGACACCUGCAUACUAGAGAGGGAUCCACAGACGUACUCUGUGGUAUGCCUUCGUCCAUUGAGCGAUGUAUUCGCGUUAGUGCGCGACACGGAGCAUCCACAAAAGUUCUCCAUCGAAUAUCUUAAUGGACAAACACGCACAUAUUUAGCAGGAGAAAGGGACGCGUUACUAGCAUCGUUGCUAGACGGCGUAAGGUCCGCUGGCCAGCGCGACGUCCACGUCCGCUCAGUACCGACUCCCCGCGGCUACCGACUGGGACCUCUACACCAACCUGUCGACGAGGAGACUGAGUCCAAUCACCUCAGAUUGUUCCAGAAUCCAGUAGGCAUGUCGCGCGCCGAGGUGAUAGAAAGAUUCAACGCUAAUGUCGGCUACAGCGGCCUUAUAUACUCCGUCAGCCAAGACGCCCGUCCCCUGUUGUGGCUGUUUCUUACGUGGGAUCUUCGUCUGUUUGCGGAGAACAAGGAGAAGUUGAUCACGGGCGCGCUGUCCGCGCUGGUCAGCAGUGCGCCGUCCGGCAGCAACUUAACGCCCCGGGAACUUGAGGCCCAGUUCCACGCGCUGCGACGACUUUGUGCUAGCAAAGUUGGAUUCGCUGCGUUUACUGCGUUACCUGGUUUCCGCGAGUGGACGGGCACGGCGACGGUGGCGGCCCUGCGGCGCGGGUCGGCGGCGUGCGCGCACGCGGCGCUGGACGCGGUGUGCGCGCUGCUGCAGCCCAUGCACGCCGAGCCCGACCUGCGCCAGGAACAACUCAACAAGGCCAGCAUGCUCUCCUCCGCCUCCUUCCUCGAGGGGCUGCUCACCAUGUGGGCUGACCAUGUCACUAGUGGUAGCGGUGCCCUAGUAGUGGCGGCCAUGUUGGACUUCCUGACGUUUGCCCUGUGCGUGCCGUACAGUGAGACCACGGACGGGAAGCAGUUCGACCAGCUACUGGAAAUGGUCUCCAAGAGAGGACGGGUGCUGUUCAAACUAUUCGAGCACCCAUCGAUGGCGAUAGUGAAGGGCGCAGGCCUAGUAAUGCGCGCGCUGGUGGAGGAGGGCAGCGCGGCCGUGGGGGGCCGCAUGCAGGGCCUGGCGCUGGCCGAGGCCGCCCUGCCGCGACAUCUGCUGGCCGCGCUGUACGCGCCGCCCCGCCUCCAACACAGACAUCUCGCCAGGCACCUCGUCGCUCUAUGGCUGGUAGACCAUGCGCCCGCGCAUUGUCUGCUGAGACGGAUUAUGCCAUCAGGUCUGCUAGCAUUCCUGGAGUCCGCGGACGUGCCCCCGGCGGUGGAGGCGGACGUGGAGCCCGAGCGCGACAACUUGUCGCUGGCGCAGGCGAGCGUCAAGCCGCGCGCGCAGCACUGGGAGGCACUCGAGAGACAGGUCAAAUAUGUUGAGAAACAUUUGGAGCACUACGCCCAACUAGCCCUCCAACAUUGGGCCGCUCGGCUGGGUCGCCCGGCGGCGGAGCGCAGGGACGCGACGCGGGAACGACCCGUCGUACUGCGGAGACGAAGGGAGAGAGUCAAGUCUACUGCCAACUGGCCACUCUUCUACUACCAGUUCCAUAAGGACCAUGCUCUGCCUAACCUCAUAUGGAAUCAUACUACUCGAGAAGAACUUCGCAACGCUUUAGAAAACGAACUGCGAGCGUUUACAUCAGACAGAGAAGUGGCAGGUACGACCCUGACAUCGUGGAACCAUGCAGAGCUGGAGGUCCACUACCAGUGUCUGCAGAACGAGGUCAAGAUCGGAGACUAUUACCUUAGGAUACUGCUGGAACAGAGAGACAAUGAUGACAGUCCAAUUAGGAAAUCCUACGAGUUCUUCAACGACCUAUACCACCGUUUCUAUCGACACCUAAAAUAG